UCACUAGCCUUGGCUACGUCACUGCACCGGAUAUCAUCACAGCUGCUUUAUAUUUUGAUGCCUGCCUGCUACCCUGGUAUAAUCAUAAUACAAGUCUGCAGAGUAUGGGUACUGUAAGAAAACUGAUACAUUCUGAGCUUCGUACAAAUUGAAGCAGGUACUGCAUGUAAUAGGCUAUACGUAAUCCAUGGCACGUGAACUAACUUAGCUAUGUGUUUAUAUAACCACCGUGGUGUUACCAGUUAAUGCGAGUCGUUCAUUUAAGUAGCCUAUAUUCCUGGAAAGCCCCUCUUGGACUCCAGCGUUGACUUGGCUGUUUCACCGUAGGACUGCAUACUGUACGUUUUUUUUUCUUGGGUGGCCAGUUCCUGUUGUCAGGAAGAUAAAGAAUGUCAACACACUAUCAACAUGGGGACAGCAGACUGUGACUCUGGCUUACAUGAUGGCAGCGGGAUCCAGUGAGACUGUCGACGAUGUGGGGAAAUCUGCCCAAGUACACACCUUUGUUCCUGGUACUGGCAGUGUCAGGACUCAUCUUAUUGCUCCGCAACAUACACACCUUGGAGCGCUGGGCAGGCUGCUCGGAAAUUCCUUGGGGCUCCCCGGUACAGGCAGCAUCCUUCCUGCAUCCUCCGGUCACGCUCCUGCUGGGUCAGUCUGGGCUGUCCUAACGAAGUUCAACUGUCGGACUAUUUCGGCACUCCAUCAGCUCCAGAGCAAGCUGGACUCAGCCCUCAGGUCCACGGGCCUGCUGCAGCUGGACCGGAACCGGAGUUACUGCGGUUCCCAGGGGCCCGAGCUGUCCGCUGACGAGGCCGCGGAAGAGCGCCACCUGCUGGAGUCCGUGGCCUGGCCGGAGCCGCGGCUGUCCGCCGCGCCCUUCCAGCAGAGCAGCGAUCCCAGCAGGAGCUUCUUCGUAAUCCUGUCGCCGGGCGGGGAGUGGCGCGUGGGCGGCCAGCUGGAGGCGCUGGUGCACAUGCACGACUUCCACGGCCAGCCCAAGCGCCACGGCGGCGACUUCCUGCUGGCCCGCCUGCUGUCGCCCGAGCUGCGGGCGGGCGUGGCCGGCCGCGUGGUGGACCACCAGAACGGCUUCUACUCGGUGCUCUUUUGGCUGCCCUGGGCGGGGCCGGCGCAGGUGGAGGUGACGCUGGUGCACCCCAGCGAGGCCGUGCAGGUGCUGCGGCGGCUGCGGGAGGAGAGGCCCGACCGCGUCUACUUCAAGAGCCUCUUCCGCUCCGGCUACUUCUCCGAGACCACCGUCUGCAACCUGUGCCUGCCUCCCCACCAGCCGCUGUGCAACUACACCGACCACCACACGGGGGAGCCCUGGUUCUGCUACAAGCCCAAGCUGCUGGACUGCGACACGCGGAUGAACCACUUCAAGGGAGGCUACGAGAAGGACCUGCUCACCAGCCAGGAGGCAUUGUUCUUUCAGAGUGAUGUAAAUAUUAAGGUUCCAAUACAGGCUUCAGGGCCAAACCAUGUGACUGUGCUGCCAGACAGAAACGAGAACCCGGAGACGAAGAGGAGCGCGAAUGCGGACGCGACCACGUUCAGGCCAUCCGGGUUCUACUAUCUAGGCGCGUGGCAGGUGGUGGGCGGGGUCCCCAUACAGCAGUUCAACGACACCUCGGCCAUCACCGACUGUCUUCGGGGGAAGGUGGUCAACAUAUAUGGGGACUCUACUGCGCGCCAGUGGUUCGAGUACCUCAGCGCGUUCGUUCCAGACCUGAAGGAGUUUAACCUGCGGAGCCCGAAGAACGUGGGCCCGUUCAUGGCGGUGGACAGCGAGCACAACAUCCUGGUGAGGUACCGCUGCCACGGGCCGCCCAUCCGCUUCACCACGGUGGCGGCCAGCGAGCUGCGCUACGUGGCCAACGAGCUGGAGGGCCUGCGGGGCGGGCGGGACACGGUGGUGGUGGUGAGCGUCUGGUCGCACUUCAGCACCUUCCCCGUGGAGGUGUACAUCCGCCGGCUGCGCAACAUCCGCCGGGCCGUCCUGCGGCUGCUGGACCGCGCCCCCGACACGCUGGUGUUCGUGCGCACCGCCAACCUGCAGGCGCUGGACCCGGAGGUCAGCCUCUACAACAGCGACUGGUACUCGCUGCAGCUGGACGCCGUGCUGCGCGCCAUGUUCCGCGGCCUGCCCGUGGUCCUGGUGGACGCCUGGGAGAUGACGCUCGCCCGCGGCCUCCCGCACGCCCUCCACCCGCCGCCCGACAUAGUCAAGAACAUGAUCAACGUCUUCCUCUCGCACGUCUGCCCGAAAAGGAGGAGCCAGUGAAGUGGCGGGGCGGGGCGUCGCGUGGCGUGGGUUGGGUUGGGUGGGGCUUGAACUGGAUGCUGUGUGCCAAUAGGUUAUUGUGGGGGCUCCAGUGCUGCCCUGGCAGCUGGUCAUUAGCGGAUGACGGAUCGCUGUGGAAGUGCGUCUGUUCCGAUCGUGGAACAUAUCCCCAUGCCUGUGACAUCACCCACCUCAGUGUUCUCUUCUCAGCCAAUCAGAAACCAGUAUUAGAGUUACGUCAGACUUGGGCCUGAAGCCUCAUUCUGAAGCCAUGCAGACAUGUGCGUAUGUAGCCAAAAAUAAUUUUGAAAAAUGUAGACGAAUGCCAGUUUUAAUAAUCAUACUCAGUGUGCAUAUGCAAAUUCUAACUGAUCUUUGUACCUGUGCUUUUAGGAUGAUUUAAUGAAGGGUUUAAGGUCAAGGCCAGAGUUUCUGGUGGGUUGUACUAUUUGAACAGAGCGGGGGGGGAAGGAUAAGCGGGAGACUCCCAUUCCUGGAAUGGUACACCCCUCUGCACCAUUUUUCAUAUUCUGAAUACACCCUGGCAGAAAUUGCAUCUCCAAAGCAGAUUCAGUAUAUUCAAAAUGUAUUUAUAUAUUGAAUAUUAAACUAUGAAGUGGAAUAUCAAAUGAUUUUGAUUUGAUUUUUGAUUUGAUUUGAAUGUGAAAUUAUGAUUGUUACAUAACAUAUGGACAUAAGCACAGAACCCACAUUUGACUUUUGCAAAUUAUGUAUGCGACUAUAAUAAACAUUAAACACGGAUGUUUUAUAGUACUUCUGCUACAAUACUGUAUACUGAUAGAAUGAAUAUACAUUUCUCCACUGUAAAAUUAUUGUUUGUCAUUGUCUGAUAUUAUAACAUAUAUGUACGGUUUUCUUUUGCAAAUUGGGCAUUUUUAUCCACCAGUUUGUGUUAUUGUCACGGUAAUUUGUAAAGGAAUGUUGACUCAAUCAAAUGAAAUAAACUGCAAUUGUAUUCCCUCCAAACGAUA